AUGGAAGAUACAAACAUUUCCUUUGCACAUGUGGAAGCUAAUGGCAGGCCAACACUCAAUCUCGAGACAGGUUUGGACCAUGAUGGUCAUCCUCUUGCCAUUACUGCUGCUGAUGCAGUUGCAGCAAAUGGAGUUGCACCUUGGAAUUGGAGAGAGACCCCUGAAAAUGAUGCCAUUAAGGAGGCCAUCAAGUCUGCUUUUAGGUUGAGAACAAAACGCGCCUUCUGGUUGGAGGAUGAAGAUCAAAUUGUCCGAAGUCUUGACAGGGACAUGCCUCUGGGAAAUUACACCCUUCAUCUUGACGAAGGGUUGGCUGUAAAAGUGUGCCUGUAUGAUGAGCCAGAAAACAUACCCGUACAUACAGAGGAGAAGAUUUUUUACACUGAAGAUGAUUAUCAUGAAUUCCUAACCCGCCGUGGGUGGACAUGUUUGCGGGAGUUUGAUGGGUACAGAAAUAUCGAAAAUAUGGAUGAUCUUCGACCUGGUGCAAUAUAUCGUGGUGUGAGUUGA